AUGAGGUAUACAGUUAUAUUGACACCAUCAUCUGAUAUUAAUAAUGUAUCGACUGUUUGUGGAGAAGCAGAGUUUUUACAACUCUCAGAGCAACCAAAGGUUGACCAAUAUAUUUUCGAGUCUGGUUCAAUGGUCAAUUGGAAAGGUGAUUGGUUAGAUACAGAUGUAGAGGUAGCGAAAAUCGAAGUCCAGGCUGAAGAUGAUAGAGAACGACGUCUAUUUCAAUAUGGAAAGACUUUUGUCACCUACAACGAAGAAGAAAAUAAAUUUACAAUCAAAUAUAUUUAUCCUUAA